AUGGAGUUCCCGGCCACGCUCUUCCCCUCCUACUUCGGCGCCGGCCCGCCUCGGGAGGAGGGGGGCCCUGCUCCGGCCGCCGGCUGGGGCGAGCACGGGCAGGUGCUGGAGGCCGGCUCCGGCCGCCGCCAGGCCGAGACGGCGUUCGUGCCCCGCCGCGGUGGGACGGGCGAGAGCUGGGAACCCGCCGACGCUGCCGCCGUGCCCUUCCUGCCUCCCAACGCGGGCUGCUGGGUCCCCUUGCUUGCACCUCAGGACAUCCUCUACCGUGGUGUUCUGCGCAGGAGGCUCCGGGCAGGCAAGUUCGGAGCUGCUCUGGACUUCACCAAGCAGCUGGGCCAUUUCUUUGUGGAUCACCCGGAAGAUGCGUUUGGCUCCCUGGGGCAGCUGCUGCACAAGAACUUCUAUCUAGGCAACUCUAAGCUGAGGAGGCAGGCCCGAGACAACACCAUCCGGAUGACGGCCUUAAUGGAGGAAAUUGACCGUCUGGAGGCCAGGCGCGGCUGCCCCCAGCAGCAUCUCGCCUCCCGCCUGCGCUGGUUCUCCCACCUCUGCCGUGACUGGCUCUUCGAGGUACCGCUGGGGCUACUGGCAGAGUGCGUGCACGAGGAGCUGCUGCUGCAGUGGGCUGGCCUGCUCUUUGACGACAGCCCUACGGGGGGGGCACUGGCCUGGCUUCCCCCUGGAGAUGGGGGGGCACGCAUGGGACGCCUGGUGUACCCCGGAGGGCAGGCCAUGAACCACCUCUAUUUCCAGGACGUGGUGCUGGAGGACAUGCCCCGCAUCCGGGGCUCUGCAGCACAGUUUGAGCUCAAUGGGCGCAUCCGGCAAGUGGCUGCUGCCCGGACGGACGGUGAAGAUUUUGUUGGUGUCCGCUCAGACUAUCACUGUGGCGUUUGGAGGGUGCCGGGCAGGACAGGGGCGGCCCCCACCCCACUGCAGGUCAUCCGCACCAGCAUGCCUGCCUCCUGCCUCACCAUCAGCCCUCACCUCCCCGGCGAGCUGGCUGUCUGCACCCAGAGCGGAGCCGUCUACCUCUGGAGCGUCGAGACAGGGCUGCAGCGGCUCCGCCAUGAACCCCAGACCAUGUUUUUUUGGGACCAUUCACCCUGGCGCUGGAGUGACUUCACCGCCCACCCGCGGGUGCUGAGCUGUGCCGACCGCACCGGCCUGCAGUGCCUGGACACCCGGGCCCCCCAGAGAUGCCACUUCGACUUGUUCAAGGUGGGCGAGGAAGCCGGCUGCCAGCAGGGCGAGCGCGUGGUGCUACCCAUGUACCUGGGCAGGGCUCACCCCUCCCAGCACCUCGUCACCACACAGUUCUCUGUGUACGUCAUGGACGAGCGGUUGCCGAUGGUGCCCGUGCUGAAGUGGGCGCACAUGAUGAAGGCCCCUCCUCUCUUUGCCCACCUGAUACCAGGGGGUCCCGGGAGGUGCCAUAAGAUGUUGCUCGGUGCAUCCCGCACCCAGGAGCUGCUGCUGCUGCAAUACCGGGGGGGCAGCCAGUCAGCCUGCCAGCUGGCGGGGUCUCCACAGAAGCUGCACAGCAUCUCCGGCUGCCUGCAGCACCUGCCCGCCCAGCUCCCGCACCGCCACCACCUGCUCCAGCAGCGCCUCAGCGCCCCGGCUGCCGGGCUGGCUGCUGCGCUGCAGGAAGACGGGCCACGGGAGUCCCUGCUAGUUUUCCAGCUCUCCGAGGCCGGGGACGUCUUCUGCCAGAGGCUGACCCACGAGGCGGUGCAGACCCCUGCUCCCACCUCGGGGGAUGAGGUCGCGGCAGCCCCUGGCUCUUCCCCUCUCUUUGAGGCUCCAGCCAGCAGCCCACCAGGCUUGGGCAGCGAAGAAGAAGAAGAAGAAGAGGAGGAGGAGGAAGAGCAAACCUUCUACUUGUCCAAUCUGGAGGUGAUUAUCAAUGAGGAGGAAGAGGAGGAGGAGGAUGUGGGCAUGCAAGCAGUCCCGCAGGAAGCCGAGCAGCCCCAGGAGCCCUGUGCCAGCCCCCAGCCCUCCCCAGCCGUGCCCAGCCCAGCCGCAGCCCUCCGGUACCGCCGCUGGCUGAAGGUUCUUUCCAAGGGCUGCAGGGAGCCCCCCCAGCGGCACACCUGGCCCCCCACCUUCAGCCAGAAGCGCCUCUUCACCCGUAAAGACCUGGAGGCACCAGCAGGCCCCAACGCCCUGCACAGGCAGGCGCGCCAGCGGCUGCGGCAGGCCAUGCGGGAAGGGGGCCGCAUCCAGCACUGGGACCCCCUGGCCCCCCAACCCCCUGGCCUACCGCAGCCCUUGGAGCCGGAAGGGGGUCCGGACCCCCUGAGCGCCCGUCUGACGGCAGCCUGGUCCGGGGACUGGGGACAGUGGUGGGAGGAGAGGACGAGCUUCAACAUGGCGCAGAGGCAGCGGGCGCUGCGGGAGCGGCGGCGGCGGCAGAAGCAAGCCCGUGGCCGGCGCAGCCUUUCGGCCAGCUUCACCUCCUCCCUCGCCUACCAGUCCGAGCUGUCGGAGCUGAGUGAUGUGGCCCCCCCGCCGCUUUCCCCGGGCCCCCCGGCCGUGCUCCCUGGAGAGGGCUCCCCACCAGCCACCAGCCCCUUGGCAUCACCGGCUCCCGAGGAACCCCUGCUCUCCUCCCAGAGCCUGCGCUGCCGCGGCAUCCCCAAGGAGCGGCGGAAGACGCUGCGGGACUACCUGGCGGUGUGGGCCGAGGGCCCCCCCGAGUCCCCGGAGCCCCCCGGCAGCCAGGCCAGCCAGCUCUGCAUCCCCUCCUCCCAGAGCCAGCUCUCCUCCGCCUCCCAGCCCCGCCGCAAGCGCCCACGCAUGGGCUUCUGA